CCGCCGCCGCCGCUCGAGGAGCCAGGAUGGUCCUGGUCCACGUCGGCUAUCUCGUGCUUCCAGUGUUUGGCUCUGUGCGAAACAGAGGUGCCCCCUUUCAAAGGUCUCAGCAUCCUCACGCUACCUCCUGCCGCCACUUCCACCUGGGCCCCCCGCAGCCGCAGCAGCUGGCGCCCGACUUCCCCCUGGCUCACCCCGUGCAGUCGCAGCCGGGCCUCAGCCCCCACAUGGCCCCGGCCCACCAGCACAGCGGCACCCUGCACCAGUCGCUGACUCCGCUGCCCACCCUGCAGUUCCAGGACGUCACAGGUCCCUCCUUCCUACCUCAGGCCCUGCACCAGCAAUACCUCCUGCAGCAGCAGCUCCUGGAAGCGCAGCACCGCAGGCUCGUCUCGCACCCGAGGCGGAGUCAGGAGCGUGUGUCUGUCCAUCCACACCGCCUCCACCCCAGCUUCGACUUUGGCCACCAACUCCAGACUCCUCAGCCCAGGUAUUUGGCUGAGGGCACUGACUGGGAUCUCAGUGUGGACGCCGGCUUGAGUCCUGCCCAGUUCCAGGUACGGCCCAUCCCUCAGCACUAUCAGCAUUACCUAGCGACUCCUCGAAUGCACCACUUCCCCAGAAACUCCUCCUCCACGCAGAUGGUCGUCCAUGAAAUCCGAAACUACCCAUACCCUCAGCUUCACUUCCUUGCUCUCCAGGGACUGAACCCCAGCAGACACACCUCUGCAGUGAGGGAGAGCUACGAGGAGCUGCUGCAGCUUGAGGACAGAUUGGGAAAUGUGACUCGGGGAGCUGUACAGAACACCAUCGAGAGAUUCACCUUCCCCCACAAAUACAAGAAGCGAAGACCCCAGGAUGGCAAGGGCAAGAAGGAAGAGGGGGAGGAGUCGGACACAGAUGAGAAAUGCACAAUUUGUCUGUCUAUGCUGGAAGACGGAGAGGAUGUGAGGCGCCUCCCCUGUAUGCAUCUCUUCCACCAACUGUGUGUGGACCAGUGGCUCGCCAUGAGCAAGAAAUGUCCCAUCUGCCGAGUGGACAUUGAGACACAACUGGGAGCCGACAGCUGAGGGAGGAAUUAGCCAGUGGACGCCCCAUCUUCCUUCACCAGGUCCCCCCACGGCCAUAGCCCUUGCAGCCAAACUUUGCCUUCUGAGCCAUUUGAUGUAGAGGAAAAGCCUGCAAGCACAUUUUGUGGAAAGAGGAGUUGGCGGUAUCAGCGUCUGAGGGAAAGGAGGGGUGGGGGGAGGCCCCCCCACUAGCCAGAAUGGUGACUGCCCCAUCCACCUCGCUGUGCGGGAGGGAGCGGGAGGGAGCUGGCCGUGCCCGGAGCAGGGGUGGGAAGGGGGGCCCACGCUGCUGAGAAUCUGGAUGUGACCUGGAAGGCCCUAGCUGAUAGACAGGCCCCUCAAUCCUGUCCUUUGAAGGAUUGUAUAUAUACCUCUCGACCACGUAGAAACCAUGUAGGGGUCUCUAGCUAUUUCUGUGGAUGGCAGCCGGAGCAUGUUAGCUUAAGAAAAAUGUUGUGUGUGGUGCUCUAGUCAUCUUGUGGUGGACAUGUCGCUAUUACGAAUUCGCACCAAAUAUUUCUCAUUGAGUUCCUUGUUUUGGUGCCUGACUGAACCAGCCAACGACAGCCCAAAUCUUCCCGUCUUUACGAGAAACAAGGAAAAAGGAAUCCAAGGUGAAAAAAAAAAAAAAAAAAAGCCAAAUCCUGUUUCUGGUGAAAAAAGGAUGAUUUUUUUUUUCACCCAGGUUGGGAGGUGGGGGCGGGGGUGGUUCUUGUUUUGUUUUUGGUUUUGUUUUUUCCUUUGCUUUUGUUUUUCUCAUGUUUACAGCGCGUGGAGUGUGGAAGGGGGAGCAUCUGGGGAAGGGGAGGACCGGGAAAGGAGCAGAUGGGGGGUAGGCUUAGAUGGGCCCCUGAGGGGGUUCAGCCAGGGUGAGGAAAGCCGAGUUUGAGUAGGAGCAAGGGAGAGUCUGUCUCGAAGGAGGGCUCCCCAGUUCUGGGACCCAUCUCCCUAGUUCCAGCCAUGUCCCCCGGUUUCACAUGGGAUUUGGGAGAGGCCAGCCUUCAGCUCGAGUUGCUCACCCAUUUUCCUCAGAGCCAGGGUGUCCCUGCUCAUGCCACCUCUUCCUUUCACCUGUGCGUAUGCCCCAUCACAAAGAGGCAAUUUGGUCACUGCCUCCCUAUGCAAAAAAUUAACUGGAUGAUGAAGAUAUGAUAGUAUAGGUGGUAGACACUCGGUCCCGGCUAAAGUGCUCUUGGCUAGCACUCAGGGGGUGAGGUCAAACACCAUGGACCUGAAGGAGGGCCCGCAGCUCCCUUUGGGAUGUCUCCAAUCCUGAUGGAGUCCCCCAAAGAUGGCCCCGUGUCCUGAGACCGUGUUGGCUGGGUUUGGGAAGGCCCUGUGUCCCUAGUCUCUGGCUCUUUCUCUGACUCUUUGAUAACCUUGGGCAAGUCCCUUUUUCCUCUCUGUGCCUCAUUUUCCUUCUCCUUAGAGGGGAGACCAACGACAGUGCACCCCCAGUCCCCCUUCUUCUACCUCACCCAGAUGUUGUGAGGAUUGACACUAUCCACCCAACAAAUUCAUGCUCCCUCCUGGGAACCACCUUUGGGGUUUAGGGAUGGGGGUGGUGGGAAAGAGGGACCUGGGAGUUCCAAGUGACAGCACACAAUGUGUCUUUCCGCACCACCCCCACAAUUUUUGUGAACCUCAAAGGGAGCAGGGAGAUGGGAGGACAGAAGAAUGGAGAUGGGAAAAAUCCAUGAAAUUCCAACCCCAACCCCGUAGUCCUCACCCACAGGUGGAACACUCCAGCCCACUGGAAUUCCGCUCCUUUCCUUUGCCCCUCCCUGCUCCCUUAUUUGCACUGCCCUCAAAGCCUCCCUUUGCCCACCCCUCCCAUCCCCGCCCCAGUCUCAAUGCCCUCACAUCAGUAAGAGAAGACUAAGGAGGACAAGAUAUUCCACCCAUACAUGAGGAAAUCCUGUAAGGUCAAGGAAAUCUAAGUCUGCAUUGCGGCUACAAAGGGUACAUCCAGUAUCAAUGGGUAAAAAUGCCCGAGAAGUAGAUUUUGGAUUGAGGUAGAACCUUCUAGCACAACCAGAGCUGUCAGGUGGAGGCAUGGCUCUUCUGGACACCUGCAGGCACAGAAUGGGGGAUGUGGCUGGCUUCUGAUGGGAGGGUUACUCGAGGAUCUGACGCAGCCUGAGGCCUCUCCCAGCACCAAUACUCUGGUGUUCUAGAAAAUCUUUCCUGAGUGCCUGUUUAGUGCUGGGAGAGAGGACAAUACCCUGCCUUGAGGAGCUUAGGCUUUUUAGCCGAGGAGCCAAGAUGCAUAAAAUAGCACAAAAAUGAUGACGAGCUGACACGGGGUUAACAGCAAUGCGCGUUACCCAGUCCAGUUCGGUGGUUCCAGCCUGCGGACUGUCUCCAGGGCUAAAGGCCGGAGACCCCACAGGUAUAGAAAGUGCUUCCGAGUCAGGAUUUUGGGGAGAGCUAUUGACUAGCAGCCACGGGAAGUUGGAAAUUGUCCCCAGCCUGCUGUACCCUGGAGGCAGCCAGGGUGGCUUGGGAAGGUCGGGAAGGUCGCUCCCAUCUGGGACUGGGGCUCUCGUGCUCUCUGAGGCUGGUUCAGAAGGCUCGGGGGAGAGGGAGUCUGCGCCGAGCCAGGUGGUGCGUGAGCUGGGGUCCGGGGUCCAAUGACAAGGCAUGCCGCACUGCUGGGCCUCAGUUUCCCCAGCUGUGAUGCAAGGCGGUUGGACUAGAUGCUUGCCAAGUCUCCUUCCAGCACCCGAUCCUCUGAUCCUCCCUGACAUCGACGCAUCUUUCCAGCGGUAGGGCCGCCUGCUGAGAGCCGGGAAACUACUCCGGGGGUGACACUGGCCGGAGGCUGAGUGUGGGCUGCAGCCCCUGCCCCCCGCCUCGCUCUGGGCAGGCUCUGAGGGCCCAGGCUAACCCGAGGCGCUGACUGGGGCGGGGAUCGCUGACUUUGGGGGUGCAUCCUGAAGCCCCCUCCCCUCCCCACCUCUCUGGGGGCCCUCGUACCCUGCAGGUGGGUGCAGGAGGGGACGCGGACUCAGGCUCCCGCCAGCUCCAGGCCCCCAGCUGGACAGCUCUCGGGGUGAGAACACGGGAGAGGGGUCUGUGCUUCUGCUCCCCCGAAGCCCCCCUUUCCCUCAUCGGGGAGCCUGGGAAGAAGAAGAAGAAGAGGCAGGCUCAGGCCUCAGCACCUUGUACCCACCACCUCCGGGAGGAGAGACCCCCCCAACCCCGGGAGUGCUCCUACUGCUCAACUCAAGGGACUCAGACCCUUUCUUGACUGAGACGCAUGAGUGCCUUCUGGGGCGAGAGCCACCCCAGGAUUCAAGUUGGGCCUGCCCAGCCCUGGCCACAGCGGGUCGCCAAGGACGCCAACCCAUGAAACCAACGCCACAGGCCACAGGCGGCCUGCCCGGGCAGGGGUGUGGGUGGGGGGCUCCUCCACUAGCCGGGACCCCCCCCACCCGGCGCCCCCUGGGCCCUCUGGCCCUGGCCAAGAACCAUGGCAGGACUCAAGCUCCUCUUCUGCAAAUGUCCCCAGCCUCCCUGCAAGUAUUCUCAACUCUUUACGCCUAAUGAACAAGCACAGUUUUUUCAAUGGUGAAAAAAAAAAAAGCACCAGAUCUUUCUUUCUCUCAUUUUUUCUUUUCCUGAAGAAAUCCCUCAAACACUCCCCCCACCCCUCACCCGCCUGCUGGCGGGACAAACACUCCCCGCGUGGGGCUGUAGCAACGUCUGUCAGGUCCCCCUGUCGUGUUUCAUCUCCUGCGCGUAGAGCAAAUGCUAGAGCGAUUUCAGCUGAUAGAAAAACAAAAAUGAAAAAAAAAAAAACACAAAAAACAAAAAACAUGGCACGUUGCUAGUUUACAGGGUUUUGUGAGUUUAAAUGCCUUAUAUUUAACAAUCAUAAUUUAUGACUAACUUGUAGAUAUCGUGGGUUCUUAUUUAAUUAUUUUUAUAGUUGUUUUGCAUUUUUAAUUAUAAUUUAUUUAUUUAGAAAGGAUACUAAUUUUUUUUAUUACUCCUAUUACCUCAUUUUGGCGUUGUUUCUGGGAGUGGAAUGCUUUGCAUGCAUUGGUACGAUGACAAACCAACUAUGAAUACAAAAAAAAAAUUUAAAUAAAAUUCCGCGAACUUUAUUUCGUCCAAACUAUCAGGGUGUGUGAUUGCAAGCUGUCCUACUGUGGUGCUGGCCUCUUUGGAUACAUUCCAUACGAAAUGCAAACCUUUGAUUCUGUAUGCUGUGACCUAGUGAAAAAAACUCCAAUAUAGUGACUGUAUUUAGCACAUAUAUAAAUAUAAUUUGCACUUGUCAGCAGACUGGGCUAAUCCUUUCACUUGCUACCCUGGCCCCCUCCCCAACCCCCCCAUCAUUCACCUGUUUUUCUUUCUUCCCUUACCCUUCCUGCGACCUCAGCCCACGCUGUCUCCAUCCUCCUAGCAAAGUCGGGGGGUGGGGUGAGGGGGGGGACACUGGGGAUCACUCUUUCCACCUGGGCUCAAAUCUCUCUGAUUCCAGAACUAGGCCCCUCAGACAUUACCAGCAGGAGCAUCUGAAAGCCAAAAAGCCUGAUUUAUUAGGAAAAGCCCUGGACUGGGGGAUCAGGAGGCUCAGGUUCUCAGCCCAGCCCUAUUGCAAAGGUCCCUUUGACCUUGAAUAAGUCACUUGGUCUCCCUGAGUCUCAGCCUUCUGAGCAGGGCUGAGGGGGGUGAAGGGGAGCAUGUCUAGGGUCUCUCAGAUCCAGAAAGAUUGACACAGAAAGGGGGGGCACCACGCUGCACUGUCUCCCCUCUCAGGGCAGAAGUCAGGGGAGGAGAAAGGAUGGAGGGGUGGAGAGAAGGAGAGCAUCUUGCAGGACACAGGGAGGCAGGUUAGGCUGACACAGCCCAGACGUGGGACCUGUGCCCUCACAGGCUUGGUGGGCCUCUGCAGAGCGAGUUGAAAUCCAUGUGUUGUUAGCUGUGGGGUUGGGGCAGACAGGAUAUUAGCCCCACAGUGUGGUGUUUGGGAUUGGCACUCCAUCCUGUCCUCUCUUGGAACCUUUGGUGUUGAGCAGAGCCCUGGGACACAGAUUUGGGAUUGGUGGUCUGACCUCCUAGUAUCCCCUCCCUCCUCUGCUAGGGGCAUCUGUGGGCAGGUGGGGCUGCUGGGGGUGGGGAGUGGACAGGGCCCUCCAGUCUCCUCAUUCCUGGGAAGGAGUGCUAGGGAAGGGUUUGGGAAAGCAGUGGCCUCAGAGGCUGGUAGUGCCAUGAUCCCGGAUGCCUUUGAGCCAAACGAGAGAGAGAGAGAGAGAGAGAGAGAGAGAGAGAGA